UCACCUGAGCCUUAAAGGCUAGGUGGGGUUUGCCAGACAUGAGUUUGUAUGUCUGUGGUGCUUGCUUAUCUAGGGAGUGCCUUCUGUGUGUAUCAUUGGAACAAGAGGUACGUGCAUGAGUUGGGUAUGUGUGUGGUGUCUUUGGGGGAGAGUGGUGCAUAUUGGGUAGUGAGUAUUUGAGUGUGUGGGGUGUGCGUGUGUGGCGAGAAGUUCAUACUGUUGCAAAAGAGCUUCAGAAAGAGGGUCUUGUUACUUUGAGGAUUAUUCUGGUAACAGUGAGCUGGAUGGAUUUGAAAGUGAAGUAGUUUAGGAGGCUAUUUUAGUAGUUGGUGGGAAUGGGAAGAAGAGAACUGACUGGACAGAAAUUACCCCAAGAAUCUGGGGAGAAGGCAGAAUUAAUGACUCUGGGUUUCUAUGCUGGGUGCAAGAUUAUUAACGGUAUCAUUAAUGGAAACUGGAUAAGUCAGGAUAGGAAUUUAUUGUGACAGGGAGAUAAGGGUUUUAAUGUAGGAUUUGAUAAGCUAUUGGAGCCCUGAAAUGAGAUCACAUUUGGAAUUAUAGAGAGUUCACUGUAUAAUUAAUCUGCAGGAUCUUGCUUAAGACCACUCGUUUUUCCUGUUGACUGUUAUGAGGAAGACAGUAAUGGAGGAAGAUACUGAUGAGAAAAAAGGAAAUGACUGUAGGUUUUUUGCUUUAAUAGUUAAGUGGUAUUUUUAAUUUUUAUUUAUAUAAAUAUUGUAAUUCGUAUUUACCUUGUAAUAUUUUAACAAUUAAAAAUUCAACAUGCUUAAUAUAUCCUUUUUAGUUUUAUCUUUCAUCUGUCUUCCCCUAACGUAUUUGCUGAGUAUUUAUAAAUUGACGUACUGCUGCGACUGUUUUUGAAUGAUCUUCAUCAAAAUUUUACUGGCAUGUGAUAUUAAUGAUAUUGUUUGAUAAUUUCUGCAUUCCGUUGAAUCACCUUUCUUUGGAAUGGGCCCAUAUAUGGAUCGGGAAGUCUAUAAUCAAAAGCAGUUAUGAAUUUAGUAUUGGAAAAUGGUUGGUAUACUUGGAAACAUUAUUCAGUCUUCAGGUAGAACGUGAUGCACAAAUAGUUUCAUAAACUCUUUGGUUUCACCGGUUGGCAACUGCUGGUACUGAAUUUGAACCAAGGAGUAAGAGUAACUGUUGUGUCCAUUUCGCCUUAAAGAAGGCCCAGAUAUUAUGCAGAUUUCAUUGUUGUCUUAUUGUACCAGUUAAUUCAAGUGUGAUUCACUGGAUAGAAUUUGGAAACCUGUUUUGCUUGCAAAAUUAGACUUGCAAGUUAAGUUUAUUUGGGUAUACGAAUGCACGUUAACUUAAAACAAUAUCUGGUAACAAUUUUACUAUCCUGUGUCAUAUUAACUCUCAGGGCUGGUUGCUGUUGAAAAUAAGUUUAUGUCCCUUGUGGGAUGUUGACAUCUGGGAGAAAAAUUGUACUCAAUGUUAAUUUAAUCUCAAUAAUACAAAAUCACAUAGUUGGGCUGAUGUUGUCUUUAUUCUUCCAUUCAUGUACUGAUUACCGCAGGUAAAUAUGGUUUUCUCAUAAUCCUCUCCAAUGAAUUUUAGCACUCUGUUACUAAAAAACAGUAUUCCUGCAAAGCCUAAAUUCUCCAUAGAGUGGAUACUGUACAUCAUUAUCUAAUUUAAAACUCUUGAGCUUGGUUUUGGUACUGCUUAGUAACCUGGAUUUUCGUAAUGGGAGCUAACGUGUACUGGUAGGCUAAUUAGGCAGCUGUUUGUCCAUCAUGACCAGGCAUACAUGACAGUCAUUCUUUUUCUUUUUUUAUGGCAAAGGUUUGUUUUAUUUGUUUUUGUUUUUUGCCAGACUUGGACAUUUAGAUAUAUUAUGUUAGUAUCUUACUUCCACGAAGAUUAGCUAGGAUAAUAUAAUAAGCUAUUUAAUUGAGCUACAAGCAAAUCAAAGUAAAGCUUAUUAAAGCGAGCAUGGAUUUUUGAAUGUGAAUAUUUUAAAUUAAAUAUUGGAAUUAUUUAUAGUUGCCCUGGGCAUAGGUUCAUUAUAGCAUUUUGUUAUUGUCACAAGAAGUUUCUACUUGCUUAUUUAAAUUCCCAGUAGCAGGAGCUAGUACUUAAUUUAUAUUUCAGUCCUAAGAAAUUAAAGGAAGACAGUGCCUAAUGAAUAUAAAAACUGCUGUUAAAUCUUGAUUGUUUACUUUAAGGAUGCUUAUAUGAUUUUAGUUCCCUGCCUUUCAGACAUACUUUGAACUGCUGUCAGAUUGUGGGUAAUCAGUGAAUAUAAACUAAAUUUAAAAGCCUAAGCAAGAUAAUUUUAGAUUACCCAGGUUAGGGAAAACAAAACAAAUAAACACUUGCUGUAGGAGAAAAAGAUUUCAGAGCUGAAUAUAAGCAGUGUUUUUUUUUGCUUUCUCUACUUAUUUGGAAUAUUUAUACCAUUUUCCUUCCGUUACUCAGGAACAAAUUGACUUAGCACUUCCAAGUUAAUAUUAACGAUAAUAUUAGUGCAUACACACACGUUUAAGGUUUUAUAGAAAAAAGUCUUUCCCAUGUCUAAUUUGACUGACCAACCGAGUUAACUAAUUUUAUUGCUGUGUUCCAUUAAAAUCCUAAAUACAAUAAUCCAUUAUUAAAAGAAAGAAGUAGGAUUAAAGUGGAGAGUUGAUUAAAAUAAAGCCUUUAAAAAAAAAAAGUACUUUUGAGUAAAGUAGCAGCCUUCAAGUGAAAUUCAGUUUUCAUCUCCUUUACAGGAAUAGCUAUUCUCAGUCAGACAGAACCACUUAUCACGUUUUGCAUAUCUCCUGAGGAAGUCAGAGUCUGAGCCAGCAUGAAGACUGAAUCUUGUCUUUGAUCUGAUUUAUAAACCAUACUUUUAUUCUAACCAUGUGCAAGGUGGAGGUUAUAGCAUGGAAACUAAAAUCUUACUUCCUGCCUGACAUAACUUACUUCAAGAAGUGCACAAUGUCAGAACGUGGAAUUAAGUGGGCUUGUGAAUACUGUACGUAUGAAAAUUGGCCAUCUGCAAUCAAGUGUACCAUGUGUCGUGCCCAGAGACCUAGUGGAACAAUUAUUACAGAGGAUCCAUUUAAAAGCGGUUCCAGUGAUGUUGGUAGAGAUUGGGAUCCUUCUAGCACAGAAGGAGGAAGUAGUCCUUUGAUAUGUCCAGACUCUAGUGCAAGACCAAGGGUUAAGUCCUCAUAUAGCAUGGAAAAUGCAAACAAAUGGUCGUGCCACAUGUGCACAUAUUUGAACUGGCCAAGAGCAAUCAGAUGUACCCAGUGUUUAUCCCAACGUAGGACCAGGAGUCCCACCGAAUCUCCUCAAUCCUCAGGCUCUGGCUCAAGACCAGUUGCUUUUUCUGUUGAUCCUUGCGAGGAAUACAAUGAUAGAAAUAAACUGAACACAAGGACCCAGCAUUGGACUUGUUCUGUUUGCACAUACGAAAACUGGGCCAAGGCUAAAAAAUGUGUUGUUUGUGAUCAUCCCAGACCUAAUAACAUUGAAGCCAUAGAGCUGGCAGAGACUGAAGAGGCAUCUUCAAUAAUAAAUGAGCAAGACAGAGCACGAUGGAGAGGAGGCUGCAGUAGUGGUAAUAGCCAAAGAAGAUCCCCUCCUACUGUGAAACGGGACUCGGAAAUGAAAAUGGAUUUUCAGAGAAUUGAAUUGGCUGGUGCUGUUGGCAGCAAGGAGGAACUUGAAGUGGACUUCAAAAAACUAAAGCAAAUUAAAAACAGGAUGAAAAAGACCGAUUGGCUGUUCCUCAAUGCCUGUGUGGAUAUUGAAGACUUGCCCCCAACAGUCCAAGAAAAAUUAUUUGAUGAGGUGCUUGAUAGAGAUGUGCAGAAAGAGUUAGAAGAAGAAUCUCCAAUUAUAAACUGGUCCUUGGAAUUGGCUACACGUUUGGACAGUAGAUUGUAUGCACUUUGGAACCGGACUGCAGGAGACUGCUUACUUGACUCAGUACUCCAAGCUACCUGGGGCAUUUAUGACAAGGACUCAGUGCUUCGGAAAGCCCUUCAUGACAGCCUGCACGACUGUUCACAUUGGUUUUACACACGCUGGAAAGACUGGGAGUCUUGGUAUUCUCAGAGCUUUGGUUUACAUUUUUCCUUGAGGGAAGAACAGUGGCAAGAAGACUGGGCAUUCAUACUCUCUCUGGCUAGUCAGCCUGGAGCAAGUUUGGAACAGACACACAUUUUUGUACUUGCACAUAUUCUUAGACGACCAAUUAUAGUUUAUGGAGUAAAAUAUUAUAAGAGUUUCCGGGGUGAAACCUUAGGAUAUACCCGUUUUCAAGGUGUUUAUUUGCCUCUCUUGUGGGAACAGAGUUUUUGCUGGAAAAGUCCGAUUGCUCUGGGCUACACGAGGGGCCACUUCUCUGCUUUGGUUGCCAUGGAGAAUGACGGCUAUGGCAACCGAGGUGCUGGUGCUAACCUGAAUACAGAUGACGAUGUCACCAUCACAUUUCUGCCUCUGGUUGACAGUGAGAGGAAGCUGCUCCACGUGCACUUCCUUUCUGCUCAGGAGCUAGGUACCGAGGAGCAGCGAGAGAAGCUGCUGAAGGAGUGGCUGGACUGCUGUGUGACCGAGGGCGGGGUUCUCGUUGCAAUGCAGAGGAGCUCACGUCGGCGAAAUCACCCCCUGGUCACACAGAUGGUAGAGAAAUGGCUCGACCGCUACCGACAGAUCCGGCCUUGCACAUCCCUGUCUGAUGGGGAGGAAGACGAAGAUGAUGAAGAUGAGUGAAGAAAUCGGAGCGGAAGGCAUCGGCUCUGUGACGGCCUGGAGUUAGUGUGGUGCUCCAAGCAGUGUUAUGGAGUGGCAUGAACCCAGUCUGGCGGGAUCUGCUGGGAAGCGGUUUCCCGACCCACACCCAGCGGGGUAGUGCAUCUGCCGGGUGUGGGAGGAGACAGAGAAUGUUGGACUACAGUUUGUAAAAAACUAAUUUUAUUAAGACAGAACUUUUUUGCCUCCUUUCAAAUUGUAAAUCUGUCUAUAAACGUAACGCAUGUGGUUGUGUAAGAAAUUGUGUAAUAGGGAAAGUUGUACCAGCAUCUCCAUAUUAUUGAGAUUUUUUUCCAGCAUGGGCACUUACAAAAGCACAUGGUAGAUGACUCUUUGUUCCUUUGAGAGAUUCUUUUCAGUAGAACUUGGCAUUCAACUUUAACUUAAAGAUCCAUUUUACAUACUGAGUACCACUAGAGCUCGUUAGAGAUUUGAAAAUUUUUUGUGCAGAUUAUCCACAGUAAAACAUAAAAAUUAAGAAGAUUUUAUUUUAUUAAUUUAGUUCCUGUUGUGCCCGAUAAAAUAAAAUCAGAUCUUUAAGGAACAAACUGCAAGAAAAGCUAAGAAUUUUUUAUUGAGUGACCUUCCUAUAGUCAUUGUUCCCUUGAUUUGAAACUUUUUUUUUUUUUAUAUUACUAUUUCAUCUUUUUAAGUUUUCUGAUAUGCCCCUUUUCAGUAUUUAGGUAUUUGUUUGGAAGAGUGACCUAAAAUGGGGGUGUUUACUCCAGACUUCUGGCAGCCGUCUGUUUGGAAAUAGUCAUUCCCUGGAUGCAGCUGAGGGAAGUAGUUGGGGAGUAGGCCCACUUGGAACUAAACGAACUGUGUGAAAUUUGCUCACUCGGACUUUAUUGAAAAUGUUACGAUCCCAAAUUGCCAUCGCAGAGGGUCUUCAGAUUCUUCUUUUAGCAACUCUGCUCUCAACAAAUCCUGUUAGAAGAAGGGUGUGCCUUUGUUUAGGCCGGUGGGAAUACCAGUUCAGUACAGAAUAAAAGAUUUAAAAAAUGCAGUAGGAUGGUUUAAAUGCAUUGUAUAAUGAAUUUCUCAGUGUGUACUCUGAGAACUUUUGCAUGUUGGUUAUUUGUGGCUGUUCUUAAGGCCAAAAUUACAAUCUUAGAAAACUUUGUAAAAAAAUACUAUUUGACCACAUCAGGUACACAUUCAAUACUGGGUAAAAAUUUCAAACCUGUCAUCUCAGGAACACAAAAAGACUGUGUCCCGAGAAGUUCUUUGUAGACUUGAUGUGGCAAGAAAUUUGGAAAGACGCCAUUUAUAUAUAAUAUAUAUGGCAUUAUAUAUGUAUUUUUUCUCCCCUUUGAUGAAAAGGCUGUGAAAACCUUUUAAUAUUUGCUUCUUGCUUUCUUCUAAAUUCUGUUGAGAUGGUAUUGAAAUGUGCACUUCAUUUAAUGCUGGAAUACUAAAAACAGAAAAAUGUCCAUGAUGUCUUUAGUUCUUUCUCCCCUCUCUGAACGCUCAGUGAAAGGUGUUCCCAGAAUCAAAGGAUUGUUUUGCUGCAUGCUAAAACUUGGAAGAAAAAAAUUAUUUGCAGUAUGAUUCCAUAUAAAUGAACUUUGGCAUGUUUUAGUAAUGGCCGAUGGUACAGUUCCAGGUGUUUCUUACAAAUUGACUAUCGUCUGCUUUCAUUUUGGUCAAUACUAAGCAAGUAAGUUUUUAGGAGACUACUGUUCUGCUUAGUAUAGCAUCUGUAGUGAUUUUUCUCCAUGUAGGAAUAAUUCCCUAAUGGGCAGUCAGCCUGUUAAGCAUAAACUGCCCUCUCAAUUGAGGAGUCCAAAGAGCAGUGUUAUGAGGGAAAAGUAUCUUGUCACUGCCGUCCACAUGGCAGCUGUCGCUGUCCAAAAAGUGGCCUGGUGAGUGGCCUUUCCCUUGAGUUGCCUCACUACUUUAUUUAUUUAUUUAUUUAUGACCAGUGACCCUGAGCACAUCUAGUUUGACAGGUACCAUAUUCUUCCCUGUGGGAAAGGAUUACAGAUGACUUCAUUUCCUAGGUUCCAGACUCCCAUCAACAAGGAUGGGUUUCAAAUGGUAUUCAGAGCAGACUGGCUGUUAAAAGCCAAAUUUUUGGAUGAAUCAAUGCUAUGUUAAGCUCUUGAAUUAUUAAACAGCCAUAAUUUUUGUCCCAAGAUGAGCUUAUGUGGUUAGGUGACAGGUGCGAACAUCUUUUGGCUGACUCCUGCUAGUACACUGUCUGAUAGAUUUAGCCCCGCGGGCUCCCUGUCUGGGGAGAUUAGUGUGAUGUUUUGUGUUCUGACCUCUUCUUCCUGGGGGGUGGGGAGGUCAGUGUCUACACUGAAUCAUUCCCAAAGGACUGUCUGGGCCACCAGGCGUAAUUAAACAAAACCCAGGCGCACCAUGGGUGCAUGGAUUGUGGUUUUGACUCCCAGGCGCGUCUGUGCCAGCCUUGCUUGAUGUGAGGACAGCACUGCUGCUCAUGUACGGUUGGCUUCUCCUUCUCGCAGACAUUUUCAUUCCCUCACCGUCCAUUUAAGUGUUUGCUAUGAAGAGAAUGUUUGAACUGUCCUUCUGCCCCCUGGGUCAGUAACUAUGAGCGCUAUCUCCCUGUGGAGUGGUUUUUAUAGAAUCUUUCAUGGCAGAGUUGGGAUGGUGGGAGCACCUUAAAAUGAGCGGAGACAAGGUCAGUCAGAGGUUGACACUUUAAGAGGCUGUUUUGUGUGUGUGCUUUGUUUUUCUUUAAGGGCUGAAGGGGAGUUUGGUACCUGGAAUUAUUGGAUGUAAUUGACACUUGUAGCCACCACUAGUUAGAAAGGUUGGUUAAUUAAUACUGAAGUUUUUAAAUCUAUGGAAAUGGCUGAUGUUAAUUAUUUUUGAACACUUCUUUGUAAAUACAAUUAUUAGGUUACCCCCCUUCCCCCAAGUUUGAGAUUCACCCCCCCCCCUUUCAUUCAUUAAUGCUUGAGCAGGUAAUUUUGCUUUUGGGUAAAUUAAAAUCAAAACUCUGAAACUUGACCAACUUUGUUUCUUGAAUUGAUUUAGUUAUAACCCAGUAUUUCAUCUUAAGGAUGGCAUGAUUUGGUAAAGAAGGACUUAUAUAUAAGGUUUUGAUUUAAACUUGAUCAUAUGAGGUAAUUGUCAGUACUGAGUCUGGUUAUAGAAUAGGCAGAUAGAAAGCAAGUUCUUGUUAAUAUGUUAAGUAACAAAAGUUGGAAGUUGGCCAACUGAAAAUUCAGUUGCCUUUUAACAUCUCAGAGAACUUUUACAUUGGGGAGAUGUGCUUGAAUUUCAAAACUUAACAGAAAUUUUUAUUACUUUUUAUUGAAAACUGCACUGAACGCUAAAUGUCCACCUUUACAAUAAACAAGUACAGUAACGGGAACGCACACGAAAACAAAACAGAGUUCUGAUCGCCAUUUUUCUGUUUGGGACAGUUUUAAAGUUUUUUUUUUUUUUUUGU